GGUAUAUAUAGGAAAUUUUAGGUCCAGUGGGAAAAUUAUAAUUUUUUGAAAAUCUAAGGGUAAAUUCAUAAUUUCAUUUGGGGUGGCGAUAAAAUGAAAAGGAGGCAAAGUUUAAGGAUCGGGUAUUAUAAAUGAUAGAAGAAUGAGAGGGUAUACUAGUGACAAGAUAUUCCCUAGAGACAUUGGUACAUUCCCUAAUUACCACAAACUACAAAGGCAAAAUUUCUCAGUCUCCUUCAUACACCACAUAACACUUCAUUCUUCCACACUAGUAGGGUUCUUCACAAUAAUCACUCAAAUAUCCAAUAACCAACCUUGAAAAUCUUCCAUAGAAGCUAACUUUAAUGGCUCUCCAUCUUUCUCUAUCUCACCAUUCAUGGGCAUCUUCAGCAAAUUCCAUCACUUCGUCGGAUCCCACUCGUGGGUCAGUGCCGGGUACCCGGUUACCCAAACGGGUCGAGUUUGGUGUGGAUUCUAAGAGUAAAGGGGUUGUAGUGAAGAGAAAAGAGGUAAUGAGAGUUCAAAUUAGAGCAAGUUUGGAAACUAUGGGUGCCCAAGUUGAAACCCUUGUUGGGAAAGUUACCCAAGUUGAUAAGGACACUUUCUGGCCUAUUGUUAAAGCUGCUGGUGAUAAACCUGUUGUUCUUGAUAUGUACACUCAAUGGUGCGGUCCAUGUAAAGUGAUGGCUCCGAAAUAUGAGAAAUUGGCGGAAGAAUAUCUUGAUGUUGUUUUUCUAAAGCUCGAUUGUAACCAGGAAAACAAGCCCUUGGCUAAGGAACUAGGGAUUAAAGUCGUUCCUACGUUCAAGAUCCUGAAGGCAGGCAAUAUUGUGGAAGAAGUGACAGGGGCCAAAUACGAAACUUUAGUUGCUGCCAUUCAAACUGUUCGAAGUAGCUGAACAUAAUAUUCGACGUGUAUAUAUGAUGAUAAGAUCUUCCUUGUAACUGACUCAAACGGAAACAACAUCGACAGUUGCUUAUUAAGUUGUAGUUACUGUGUCUGUUGAUAUUGUUAUAUGAACAAGAGACUGUACAUUUCAUCAAUGAGAGGAAAGAAAGGAACUCUACUUGAAGUAGUUUCUAAAUGUUAA